AGGUCUGUCGACAGGCCGGGCCCAGGGUUGACAUCGGCCUCUGAUCCUGAACUACUUGCACCUGGCCUUUUAAAAACACUUGAUUUUGCCUCGCCUGGGCCUGGUCCAUUGACUGGUUUUCACAUGUGCAUAUGAAUGGCAGUUGUGCAGAAAAGUGUCUCUGCAACAGAGCUUAUUCUUGUGGCUUCUGCAUUGUUAGGGUGUGUUUGGAUGCAGCAUCUAAUAGAAUUGUGAUUACUAACUUUAUGAAAUGGAAAGACGUGAAAUUGUUUCUCUAGCAUUCAUAUUGAGGGUCUGGGCUCCAAAUUACAGUUUUGUUAGUUUUAUGGUUAGACUAGAAAGAAAUGUAACUGCACUGCAGUUUGAGGGAUGCUUAUUGAGUUUGUUUUUCCCUGUUGAAACAUAGGAUCCAGCUUGUGUCAGCAGCCACUAGGGCUCCCAUCAUGAGAUAGUCCAAUGAUGUGAGCCGUCCAUAUUACCAUCAUGACCAUCUAUAAGUUAUUAUCCCAUAAUCAUUCUUCAUUGAUGACCCUAAAAUUUGGUUUCUAGAGUUGAAUGUGAGCCAUUGAAAAUUUUCUUUUCACUGUUGUUCUAAAUUCAUCUACAGAUAGUGAUGCUCACGGUCAUCUGUUUAGCCUAAGUUUCUUUGCGGGGCCCAUUAUAGCAUAGAAUCGAAAAAUGAAAAUGGUUCCGAUUGUCAAACCACUGAGCAUGUGGGCCCCAGUUAUCAAUGGCGUGAUGGACAUGGAACCUGACGAUAGCUUGGGUGAGCCUGGUGAUGCAGCGGCCGACAUUGAUAAUGACGGAGCAAUUGUUGACAUGGGUGAUCCAGCCAUUGAGAUUGCUUCCCCUAUGGAUGAUUGUUUACAAAGGUCAACUAAAGCCAGAUCAGCUAAAUGGCUAGUAUUAUGCAGAUCUUGGCCACGAAAGGUUUACAAGCUACAUGGCCCUGUUCCUGUAUCAGCUGAUGGAUGGGAUGCAGCUGCUGCUCCUGCACCAAUUGCUGCCCCUGGGCUGGGUGUUGCUCCUCAACCUGCAGCCUCAGCCUACUGUGACUCAUGCUAGAACAUUCAAUCCACCGUCUCCUUUGACAAACAAAUGGGAUUCAUAAUCAAGCUGCCACGAGUAGUAAAAGCUUGUCUUCCUGUGGAAAAAGAAGAAGAAGGAAACAAGAUCUCUGCAAACCUUUGAUUGGGAGACGAUCAUGGUUCAAACACUAGAAGCCAUCAAGGGUGGUGGAGGCUCAGUUCGCGUCGGGGCCACAGGAACAAUUGGCUCCUUGAUGACCAGGGAAAUGGAAUCCAUGAUGAAACAAAUGUUGCAAACAUCAACUUCCUCAAGAAGGAGACCUCCAACAGUCCCAGUCUCUGUCCCGUGGUGCAAUUCCCAAAAAAACACAGCAAUGAUA